AUGCCACACUUUCGCUGUAAGGAUUGCUUUGGUACCGAGUUGUACUGCCACAGCUGCAUUGAGUGGACGGGUUUGCACUUUGUGCCUGUCUCACUGAAGAAACUAGGGUUGCACAUGCAGCUUGGUUACCCAGCAGGUGAAUGCUGCUUGCUGCCUCAAAAGGCAUUCAAUGAUGAUUUUACUCUCAUUGACGCCGAUGGAAUACAUGAGAUUGGCCUUGAAUUUUGUGGCUGCGAGACUGCCGAGACACGUACCAAGCAAUUGCUUUGCACAGCCUGGUUUCCAGUGACGUCCACCAACCCAUGCACCGCAACUACUUUCCAAAUCCUUGAGCAAUAUCAUCUACUAUCAUUUGAAUCUAAAGUUUCAGGAUACGAGUUUUACCACUCCCUCGAUCGCUAUGAGGCAUUCAUGUGGAUUGUCCGUGAAUGGAGACACUUGAAAAUGCUCAAGCGAGCAGGUCGAGGCUAUGACCCCACUGGUGUGGAGAACACUGGGAGUGGCGAGUGUGCUGUGCUGUGCCUGGCUUGUCCACAGCCCAGCAGAAACCUUCCUGACAAUUGGAAAGAGGUGCCAAAUGAAACAUGCUGGUUAUAUGACAGUGCUGACCCUGGCCUUAGUAAUGGAUGGGCAUAUUUCGUGGAGGAGACUGCAUACAAGACAUACUUACAAUCUCAUGGCGGCACACUACAACAGAAAAGUACAUGUUCGUCGCAUAAUGCAGGAGUCGGUACUAUUGAUUGCGCACAACAUAAUAUGAAACUGCCAAAUGGUGUUGGUGACUUGCAAAAAGGUGAAAGAUACACCAAUAUGGAUUAUCUCUUCUUUUCAACUCUCUGUGGACGCGGCAUCAGCACACUCAAUAUUUUGUAUGAUAUUGCCUGCCAGUGGCACAAGAAUAUCUGGGAGAGGAUGUCAGCUAUGCCUUCCAAACUUCAUCUCGACCAUGUGGCCAAGUUCAUAAGGUUUUUUGUGCCGAAAUUCCAUCUACCGGCACAUGUUCUCAAGUGCCAGACUAUGUUCUCUUUCAAUUUCUCUAAGAAUGUUGGAUGCACGGAUGGUGAGGCUCCUGAACAAGGUUGGUCAAAUAUCAACCCAGUUGCCUCCAGCACAAAGGAAAUGGGGCCAGGUUCACAGAGAGAUAUGCUUGAUGAUCACUUCGGUGAUUGGAAUUGGAAAAAGGUCAUAGGUAUUGGUGCAACACUCCUUCGCAAGAUGGAUGAGGCCGAGAAGGAAAGCAAAGCACAUCAGACGGCAUUUGAAGAACUUAAUGGAGUUUUGAAACUGGAGACAACAGGAACAUGGAAGAUUGAAAUUGAACACUGGGAGGACAAUCCAAAUGAUUCGUCGGUCACCAAUCCCUUUGAAGCUAAGGUCAUUUCUAUCACCCAAGCUGCGGUUGCUCUCAAACUUGCCCAACUGGAAGUGGGUGAACUACAGCAAGGGAUUGACAUCUCCAUGCACCCCGAUGUAUCUCCAAGUGUAUUCAUUGCAUCAGGAAUUGAUCUGGAGAACGAACAGCGUCGUCUGAAGGUCCAUAGUGAGAAGCAGGGUCAGCAUGCUACAGAUACACAAUUGGGUACAGUCCAACAACUGAGGAAUGCCUUACAACGUAAAAUUGAUACCUGGAAAUGCAUUCAAUCACUCUACAUGCCCAUGGUACAGCUCUUGGAAUCCAGGGUCGAGUCACCUUCCUGUAGUCCCUCAGAUGUGAUCAAACCCGAAGAUUCCCCACUCUGGCUGCCAUCCGCUCUGUGUAUCAAGUCCAUACCUUGUAAUGAACAACUCCUCAUGACUGAGUGGGACUUACGACAUGCUCAAGCAAGAGAUGCCCUCGAAGAAAUAAGGCAAAGCCUUCACCUGUGGGACUACAUGUAUACCUUCAAAAGGGACUGGAUUCACGGUCAAAGUGCAAAUACUCGUGCCCAGAAUGCCCUCAGUUGUGUUGAAGCCAGGGCAGCAGCUGGUACAGAGAAGUAUUGUGCGGCUCAUAUGGCUCUUUCAUCUCUUGCACACGUGCUCCAAAAGGUUGGCUGGGAUCACAAAUACAAGGUUCUUGACAAGAAGACUGAUAUACGUGGGAUGUCAGUUCCCAAGCGAGGUGAAAGUGAAGGUCAAAGAAAAUUAUCAUGGAUCUGGAUGGUGGAGGGAGUCGGGGAUGAUGUAGAUGAGGUGGUACAGGAUAGUCUCAGGGUUGAAUGGUGCAAAGCUCGUGCGAGAUCCAUGCGAUGGGCAGAAGAAGUUGAGCUGCUCCAGGAGGAGAUGUGCUGGAGUUGGCACGCAACCUGGUGGAACAAGAAGAUUUUGGAAUGCAUGCUUGCCACUGCUGCCGAUAAUGAGGGUCUGAGCGCCUAUGCCUGUCGUCAGGCUUGGCUUAGGGAGGAUCUCGUUGACUGUUUUGAGAAAAAGUGGGCAAGGUGUAAUGCUUCUGCACGCCUGCAGACCAUCUCUCAGAACAUCAACCCAUUGUCUUGCAAGGGUAGCAAGAAACAAAUGGAACCGCUCGGUCCUGUUACUCGUGGAAGGGGAGAAGGGGAGGGGGAGGGGGAGGGGGAGGGGGAGGGACCAAUAUCCAAGGUUCGUCGCCAGCCACCAUUUCAUGGCACAACGUCCCUAUGCGGACCAACAAACUUGUCGAUUACCUUGUUGAUCAUCCACCCGAUUGUGCCAUUUUAUUGCGACUGA